AUGCGUCUCUCCUGGGGCGCAUCUGUUGCAGCCCUGGCAGCAUCGGCAAGCGCUGCUUCUCUUGCUGAUGUCUGUACCGUCUCGAAUGUGCGGUCUGCCCUGCCCUCCAACGGCACUCUGCUGGGUAUCAGCAUGAUCCCCUCCGCUGUGACUGCCAGUGCUGUCUACAAUGCCAGCGCUGGUAUGGGGAGCACCGAGACCUACACCUACUGCAAUGUGACCGUCACCUACGAGCACACUGGCAAGGGAGAUUCCGUCGUCAUCAAGUAUGCCUUCCCCAAGCCCACCGACUUCAAGAAGCGCUUCUAUGUCGCCGGCGGUGGUGGCUUCUCUCUGUCCAGCGAUGCAACCGGUGGUCUCGAGUACGGUGCUGUUAGUGGUGCCACCAGCGCAGGCUAUGAUGCCUUCAACUACAGCUACGACGACGUGGUCCUCUACGGCAACGGAACCAUCAACUGGGAUGCAACCUACAUGUUCGGAUACCAAGCUCUAGGCGAGAUGACCAAGAUCGGAAAAGUUCUUACCAAGGGCUUCUAUGGCAUGUCUUCAUCCGCCAAGGUCUACACCUACUACGAAGGCUGCUCUGACGGCGGCCGUGAGGUCAACGCCACCAUCGCCGCCUGCGAUCCCCUCGACGGCCGAACCGACGGCGUCAUUUCCCGCACCGACCUCUGCAAGCUCAACUUCAAUCUGAGCUCCAUCAUCGGCGAGGAAUACUACUGCGCAGCAGAAACUAGCACCUCCCUAGGUUUCGGCUUUAGCAAGCGCGCCGACGGGACCAGCACCUCCACCACGCCUGAACAAAGCGGUAAAGUCACCGCCGAGGGCGUGCAAGUCGCGCAAACCAUCUACGACGGCCUCCACAACUCGAAGGGCGAGCGCGCCUACCUGUCCUGGCAAAUCGGCUCUGAGCUCAGCGACGGCGACACUCAGUGGAACAACGCAUCCAGCAAGUGGGAAAUCAACAUCCCCUCGACGGGCGGCGAGUACGUGACCAAGUUCAUCCAGCUCCUCGAUCUCGACAACCUCUCCGACCUUGACAACGUCACCUACGACACCCUCGUCGACUGGAUGAACAUCGGCAUGGUCCGCUACAUGGACAGUCUGCAAACCACCCUGCCGGAUCUAACCCCGUUCCAAUCCUCCGGCGGAAAACUGUUGCACUACCACGGUGAAUCGGACCCCAGUAUCCCCGCUGCGUCUUCCGUGCAUUACUGGCAGUCCGUCCGCUCGAUCAUGUACCCACAUCUGUCUUCGCAGGAGAGUCUCAAGGAACUUGCCGAUUGGUACCAGUUCUACCUCAUCCCCGGUGCUGCGCACUGCGGCACAAAUUCCCUUCAGCCCGGCCCGUACCCGGAGGAUAAUAUGCAGACUAUGAUCGACUGGGUGGAGAAUGAUGUUAAGCCUUCUCGUUUGAAUGCGACUGUCUCGUCUGGUACUUAUGAGGGUGAAACUCAGAUGCUUUGCCAGUGGCCUACUCGUCCGCUCUGGAAGAGUAAUAGCACCUUCAAGUGUGUUGAUGACAAGGCUUCCAUUGAUAGUUGGACUUACUCUUUCCCUGCUUUCAAGGUGCCGGUGUACUAG